AUCGCAUCCACUUCCACUUCAAUAACGUCGUGCAUGCGCAGAAUAGAUUCAUUCACGUGCACGUGAUACAAAUUUCAUUGUCCGAUAUUUUCCGGUAUCUUUGUCUUUAAUUUGCUGAUAUAAUAUCGUUUAAUAAGUAAGUCAGUCCAAUUAUUCGUAUGAUAUUUGCGCGGCAGUGAGACUUCCUUCGCCGGCUUUGACUCACUGUCGUUCGUUAAGUGCCGAUUAUCGACAAGCAAAGUCCGUCGACAGACCUCAGCUCGAGCCUGUCAUCUCGCAUAGCGUGCCUGCGCUGGCUGAAUCGAGUGUCUCUAUCAGGUAGUCGCGUGCGCAACGAUGGAUCUCUUCGAGAACAUCCCGUAUAUUCCCAAGUUGUAUUACGGUGCGUUAUUGGGAGUCGGUUUUUGUAUCUAUUAUCUCUGCGAGGUCGUCAAGACACCUUUGCUAGUUUGCGCCGAUGGACCAUUCCGUUCGUUUUUGGAAGCGAAUAUUCCACUUGUGCAGAAUAAAUUCUGGCCGACAUUAUGGUGCUUCGAAUCGCGAGCGCAGACCAUUAUGGCCAGCAUCUUAAGAUCCCGAAUAUUGCCGUCUAUCAAAUAUCGCAGGGAAAUCCUGACUUUGCUUGAUGGUGGUGAAGUAGCUUUGGAUUGGGCCGAAAAAGAUUGCUCCGUUACUUCUCCCAUCGUUAUCCUUUUACCUGGUCUUACAGGUGGUAGUCAAGCGGAAUAUAUCAAAUGCUUGGUAUCAGCCGCAAGAAAAAUUAGAGUACGAUGUGUGAUUUUCAACAAUAGAGGUUUAGGUGGGAUGAAAUUGAAGACCCCGCGAACAUAUUGUGCCGCUAACUAUGAGGAUUUAAGUGAAGUUAUUGAACACGUGAGAAAACUUCACCCUCACGUACCCCUCGGAGCAACCGGAAUCUCUAUGGGAGGGUUAAUCUUAGGCAAUUAUUUAGCACGAGAAGGCUUAUCAGCAAGAACGAAAUUGAAAGCAUGUCUUAUUAUCUCGGUACCAUGGAACGUGUUCGCCGCAACGAAGAAUACCGAAGAAAAUUAUUUUAAUUUAAUGCUAAAUAAGCAUUUAGCUGGUAAUCUACGACGCACAGUAGAACGAUAUCAUACUUCUGAUAUUGGUCCUUUCAAAAGCAUAGAUUUUGACACACUCUUAAAAAGUCAAACAAUAAGAGAAUUUGAUUCGCAUUUUACGGCAAAGCAAUUUGGAUAUAAAAAUGUCGAUGAAUAUUAUCGCGAUGCGACGCUCGAUGAUAAGUUGCAUCUAAUCGAAGUUCCUUCAUUGUGUCUCAGCGCGGCGGAUGAUCCGUUUCAGCCAUUGAAUGCGAUACCUCUAAAAGAAAUAAGCAAAACCAAAAACGUGGCCGUAGUGGUGACGUCGCGUGGAGGCCAUAUUGGUUUUCUAGAAGGCGUUUGGCCGGUCAAGGAGGAACAAUACAUGGGAAAGUUUUUCUCACAAUAUUUCAUGGCGAUGUUCACUAGAGAUUUCGACCACUAGCAAGAUUUAACACAUUUAAUUUUUUUCGUAUAAUAAUAAAUGAUAUUCUAUACAUUAACAUUGAUUGCCUCAUUAUCGUCAAAAGAUACAUAUUACAAUAUCGUUUAUCCGUUUAAUUUUUACGCAAACUGAGUGUGUGAUUUUAUAUCAAAUAUACUUUAGCUAAAAUAAUUUUUCGUUGCAUUUUUAUAUUACAUUGAACAACGUAAAACUUGAAAUUAAAGCUAUACUUUACUCGAUUCGAAAAUGUAAAUAAUUCCAAAAUUCUAUACCUUUUAUAACUAUGCCGUAUUAAACGAAUUUUAUUAAUCCCUUAUCGAAUAAAAGUGUUUCCUAAUUUUAAUAGCGCAAUUUUAGCAAUAGUAAACACACGAAUCUCUGAUAUAUCAAUAGUUGUAAUAAAAGCUAACUUUUAUAUACAAA